AUGGCGAAAUCGGCAGCACAAAAAUUAGUAAAGCUUGAUGGGAGAACUGGCGAAGGUGGUGGACAACUUGUCAGGAUAGCGGUUUCACUAGCUGCUCUGACCGGAACUCCUCUCCUAAUUACGAAUGUCAGAGGUAACAGAUUGGGCAAAAGAAAUGGUGGUCUAAAGGCACAGCACGUUUCUGCUAUAAAAUGGCUCGCGAAAAUUACAUCCGCCGAGACAACCGGAUGUUUUGUUGGAAGCAAGACGAUUGAGUUUAAGCCCAACUCUCUCCAUCAUUAUACUAUUGAUAGAGAUAUCAAAAUUGAUGCAGAUUCUGCAUCUAGCAUCUUACUUGUACUUCAGGCAAUUCUUCCAGUCGUGCUAUUUGCAAACGAUGCCGCGGCCCUUCCAAUCAGGCUUUCCAUGAAAGGAGGAACCAAUGGAAGUUUCUCUCUAUCAUAUGAGUAUCUCGAUCAAGUGCUAUUACCAACUCUCGAAAGAUUCGGUAUUUAUGUAGAGCGAGAACUCAAAGUUAGAGGAUGGUCACAUGGUCCAUUAAAACUGGGCCAUGCAGAGUUCAAGAUACAUCCCAUACCUUUCGGCCAGUCUCUGAGAGUCCCCAAUUGGCCAACUGAACGCGGAAUCGUGAAGGAAAUAGAUAUCUCGAUCCUAGUACUUGAAUCACUUCAGGAACCGCUUGAAAAUGCUUUGGCUACGACUAUUAAGCAACGUUUUCCUGAAGUAAAGAUCAAUAUUGUUCUAAGAGAGAAUACACAUCGGAUAUACACACUUUUAGUAGCUCACACUUCUACUGGACUAAGAUUUGGGCGCGAUUGGCUGUACGAUAGAAAGACAAAGGACAGAACCCGAGAAGACAUAUCGGCCGAGAUAGCAGGGAAGGUUGUUGAAGAUCUUGAUUCCGAGUUCAAAAAGGGAGGUUUAGUAGAUGAGUAUCUUCAAGAUCAACUGGUUAUUUUUCAAGCACUUGCUGAUGGUCGAUCAACAAUUUUGGGACAUGAGCUCUCGUCUGAUCCAAGAAGUCGCCCCGAUCGUACGGACGAACCUUUUGGGGAUGGGAGCCGACAUACUACCACAGCAAGAUGGGUCGCUAGUCAAAUGCUUCCACAAUUGAAGUGGUAUAAUAACGGGCAGACAUGUGAGGGUGUUGGUUGGAAAAUCAAUAUGCCAGCAAUAUACUAUGGUAUCUGA